AUGUCUUCAUAUCACAUUCCAGGUAUCCCUGUUGUGCCGAACGACCGUGCGGCCCGACGGCGCAACGGACCUGAUUUCGUUUCAUGGCCUCACAAGGUGAGCUACAAGCCCGCCUGGGUGAGGCCCUCCUCCCCUGUCACCUCCCCUUCUACCCGCCAGGUCUCUAUCUCUUCUUCUGUGGAUGCCCGCAAUGAGUCCUUCUCAUCAGCUGGAUCCUCCGUCGUUCGAGCUGCGCUGAGUCGCAAUUCUCGUCCUACCUGCCCCGAUACCCUUCCAUCCCGUCAGGUCUCUGUCUCUUCUUCCGUAGAUGCCCGCAAUGAGUCUUUCUCAUCAGCUGGAUCUUCCGUCAUCCGUGCUGCGGUUAAGCGCAACCGCAGUGCUCUUUCUACUGCUUCUCUUCCAUCCCGCCAGGUCUCUGUUUCUUCUUCUGUGGAUGCCCGCAAUGAGUCUUUCUCAUCUGCUGGAUCCUCUGUUGUUCGAGCUGCGCUGAGUCGCAAUGUUCGUUCCGCCCCUGCCCGCCCCGAUGCCCCUCCAUCCCGCCAGGUCUCUGUUUCUUCAUCUAUCGAUGCUCGCAAUGAGUCUUUCUCAUCUGCUGGAUCUUCCAUUAUUCGUGCUGCGAUUAGUCGCGAUGCGCGUCCCGCUGUCCCUUCCCGUCCUUCCCUUGCCCAACGCGCUGCUGCUUCUCGUGUUGCUUCCAGCAACACACGCCAUAACGAGUCAUUCUCCUCUGUUGGAUCUUCUGUGGGUCGCACUGCGCUUCGCCGCCCUGCCAAUUCCACUGAUCUCGCCCGGUCCUGCCAUCACUGCUCGCUCCGUUGGAUCGGACCGGUCCUUCCCUUGCUGAACGCGCUGGUUGUCGUCUGUGCUUGCUCGCAGCAAUGCAUCAUCAUCCACCUUCAUCUUCUCCUUCAUCUUCUUUGUCUGCAUGCGACCGACGACCUACUACCUACUGCUGGAUCCGGUGGAUGGACUCAGUCGUUCCCUUAG